CUCUAGUUAAUGACUAUAUAAACUUGAUAGGUAGACCCAAUGAUUGUUCUCUUUUUAACUAUAUUUUUGCGCAGCAGUACUCACUGGAAAAGCUGGAGAAGCAAGCCGUUCUCCUCACAAGAUCUUGAAGCCAAACAAUUGAUAUCAAUACCACUAAAUAAAGAAGGGUUUCCAUAUUUGUACUUAUAUUGAAGCACUUUAUCAGUUGAUCAACGUUCCUGAUAGUGCUUGGAGAGGGAAUCACAGGGCUCUCUUCGAAACUGACGACUUAUCUACUCGGAGACUUGAAUGAGCCUCUAAAGGGGCACUACGACUGUGCUGCGAACUUUGCAAAUAAGUUGCCUGGAUCCAGAGAAGUUUCUUUGGUCUUGAUACCAAACUUCCCUGAGGUCGGAUGCUUUAGAUUAUAAUUCCUAUCAUCAUUAUUUUCUGUUUUUAUAACAAUCACGAUAGCAAAUGAACAAACGAGCGACGUGGAUCAGCCACAUGGCUGGAUUGGGAGAUAACCUUUCCUGCCUUUGGUGACGAUUGCAACCAUCCUCGGCGGGUUUAUUAAUCAUCAAAAGGAACAGAGGUUCAACAAAUUGAUCACGAACACACCGCCAGUGCUCCUGCCCACGGUACGGGGCGAGGGUACGCGGUGAAAAUGAGCGACGAGUUUCUUCUGAGUGGGGGGGUAUUGCAUAUUGUGUCUACUGGCGGCUUAUCAGGCUGAAUUUUCCUUGAAAGUAUUUCACUCAGAAUGGAUUCGUUUUCGGCCACGAGUGAUGCCGAGCAUAAUGCCAAUAACUUACAAGAGUAAGGAGGCCGUAGAGAGAUGAAAAAAAAUCAGCAUGGGGUGCAUGUUCUAUCUUCAGUACUCAUAUGAAUAUAUUGGAAAAGAGGACAUACCAAGUUGAAUAAUCUUUUAUGCAUAACGACAAGCAUAAUUCCGUUUUGUUGUUGUUUCCGAAUAGCAGAUACACUAUGGGAUACUAUUUUUUAACACACACACAUAUCUAUAUACGGAUGUGGAACUACAUAUACAAUGCUCAUUGGGAGAAGUAUUAGAUAGAAGGUCUACAUAAGUAGCCAUUUAUUCGAAGCAUCAUGCUUCCUCUGGGCUCUCCCCUUAAUUUAUUCUUGUUAUACUUUAGUUCCCUAAAUCAUGCGUUUAAUAUUGACUCUAUUUUUUACUAUAAGUAGGUUGAUUCCGUUGUAAGGCUACAUCCAGUCUCAACUAUGAUGUCCAUGCUGAGAUGUGGGAAGCUGGUACCAUUACUCUUAAUAUCCCUUUUUUCCCUUCUUCCUGAUAAAUACAGUGCAGUAUCUCUAACUGGAAUAUUUGUGAAAAAGUGUGCCUUGUGCUCGCAGCCUAGAUUUACAAAUUACCCCCUUAUAGAUAGUGUGAGCAAGCAACUAACAACAAACGCAUUAGAAAAUAUUUUUCUGUGGAAAAAUAUUCAUUUUCACUUCCUUGUUUUAUUAAAAUACUGGUAAAGGGAGUUACUAUGCGCAACGCUCAUGAGGACGUAUCACUUUCUGAACCAGGUGCCGAACCUCUUUCGCCGAGCCUCCCUCCGCUGCUAGGAUUACCCAAUUUGGAUAGUGGUGGUUGGGCCGUGAGCCCUCCUCGGCGCGGUCUGGUGGUUCUCAAUCUUUCGGCUAGUCAAUCGACGAAUGCGGCCAAGCAUUCGCGUUGCAGUCGACUCCAGCUUAUUUCGAAUUCAACAGUUCCAACAAAUUCUACGACAUUCGGACGGUCUCAAACUUUGGUAUCAUCGUCAGAGCUACCUGUUGCAGGUAUCGCAAUGACUAACACUGGUACUUCUCCUUCUCUUUCAUUAUCAAACUCAGAACACUCUUUAGCUGUCUAUACACCAUACAUCAUUCUGCAGGAAUGCGGUAAGGAGUGUGCAGCAACGACAAAAAAAGAUGUUAGUCGUUCCCAUUUGAGGAAAUCUCCUCCUAUUACUAGAGCAAAGAGCACUGGCUUUGUCAAUGUAAAUGAUUCCCACUCUGUAACACAAUCGUUGGCUGUCCAAAUUUGUAAAGAACUCCGAGGUGAGGCUCCUCGGUAUUUGAAUAUUUCAGCUUCUGGAAUCUCAACAGCAGAAGGAAGAGGGGGGGAGGUUAUUACGAUAAAUGUAGGUAUUUCAAAGACGAACAAGACCCAUUUCUUACUCGGAUCCACUUUUCCUUUCUUUUGGCAGGAAGAUGUCAGUGAGGGGUGCCAAGAGCGGACGCCCAAUGAAAGCCUCUUAGCUUCGGUGAUGGAGAUGCUUUUUUUAGUAGAUUCUCAGCAAUUAGAUGACUCAUCCACGCAGCACAAGUGCCGUGUUGAGGUUGCAGUAAGUGCCAUUGAGUUGAGUGAUGCCGCACCAUUCUCCCCUGUUUCCGCCGAAUACCAUCCAACUGAGGCGGUCGACUUGUUCUCUGGGAGAAGAGAUAUGUACGUACCAGGGUUGAAUUCAGUUUUGGGGGUAGAUCAAUCUGCCAGGGCGAGUGGAGGGGGGAAUGGCGAGAAUUCUCGUAGAAUUGGAAGCUCACCGACUGGAUGCUUCAUGGAGAACUGGACUGAUAUACCCGCCGCUCAGUAUGUCAGUUGCACCUCCGCAGCGGAGGUACAACGCGUUGUAGGAAUAGCUCUCUCACGCAGCCUUAGCUGGCGCCCUGUUCAAGCCAAUGGAAACAGACGGGAAACACCCAUGGAGGUUGAGGAGGAGUGUGAAGGAAAUGAGAAGAGCGGAUCAGAUGGAUACAACGGUGCCUGGCUUCUAAGGCCUGAGUCUCGCAAAGAGCAUGGUCACCUUCUGUUCACCUUUCUAGUGCGGCAAAAGGCGGACGUGUGCGAUGAUGAGAGGCGCGCAGGUGCUUCUCAGCACAAAUUUUCGAAGAGGCGUUCAAUGGUUGGUGUGUGGCGAUUAUGGGACUUGUCUGGCCCGCUUCCCGAUAACGCUGGGUUUGUGACUUCAUCCUCAUCUCCGUCUUCAUGUUCCGAUGUUUUUAUCCGGACGCUUGCGGGUCGCACAUACUACGCCCUCAGACGAUGGACACAGAGUCUUAGACGUGUGUUGUCAGGUUCACAUCAAGGGGCAGAGAACAAGGUGGGAGUGUGUGAUCCAUCUGCGCGUAUGAUUCAGGCAUGUAUGGAAGAGUCAUGCUCAAUGUGUAUUUUUGUUGCUUCUUUCCACCAAGAUGCUUCCUUAGACAAUCUUAAUGAGGAUGUUCUCAACUCUGCCGCCGCGUGGCAAGCAUGGACUAUGCGUUCACGUGAAGGUCAUGACAUUUCUAGGGAAACAGGUUCCCAAUCUGUUGCUCGACAUGAGGAGAACAUCCACGCAGCUCGGUGUGUACUUAAGAAAUUUGCUUUGAGUGCGCGCACGUAUUUUCCCCAAAUCGCAAUGUCGUCUCCUCCGACGAAAAGAGGGAUGACAAGGGGUCACCUUGCUUUGGAUCCUGUUCUUUCAAGUGAUUCUUUUGAGGGAAUGCCCAGAGGAGACAAAAAUUCUCAAGGGGGAGGAUUCAAGCCCGUCGGCGCGAUCUGUGAAUUCCAGGAUAAUCAAAAGGAAUCUCAAAGGAUUGUAUCACCUUUCAGCGUCAAGGCCACUUGUCCGAACCCUCACACCAACCCUGAAAUCAUUGUGGAGGGCGUUAGUAGGGGUCUUAAUAUAUUGAAUUGUGGAGUAGAGAGGGUGCAAUAUCGUCCGGAGCAACCGCAGCAGCUUGACGCCAUGCAGCACUUUUCAUCAUUUGCCCCUACUUUGUCAUCGCACACGGAGCCUCCUUCUGUUACCAGAAAUUGCCAAUUCAACCAUCCGCUAGACUAUCAUAGCGAGUUAGCAAACGGUAAGAAUAGCAAACUUGACAUGGUCGAUGCUUUUGCGGAGCCCGCUCUUCCGAUUCUUACCCUAUCUCAGGAAACUAAGCCAUUCGGGGGGGACCCGUCCUUGGAUUCCCUGUUGCCGACCCCCGCUCAGCUUACCGCUGAGUCGCAGCGCCCUGUCGGGGGUUGGAGGUCGGCGGAGGGGGCCUUACGGGAGGGGCUCGCAGGGGGUUGGCGGGGAGAUCCUCCCCCCUCAGCCCUGCAUCCUCAUCAGCCGCGGGAUGGCUUUUGGAUGGAUGCCUGGGGGAGGUCCUGGGAGGCGGCGAGGGCUCUCGAGAUGAGGUACGUCGAGGCCCUCCACCGCGCUUACGGGGAGGUGGAUCAACUCCGCCGGGCGCUCCUCGCGGAGCGGGAGCGAAGUCAAUCGUUGGGUGGGCGUGUCUUGCAGCUCGAGGAGCAGCUCCACGCAACCACCCAGCGGCUCUUCUUUUAUGAGCAAAGGGAACGCGGGGGGGAACCGAACGGGGAUGGGAGCCCCACGCAAGACUCGCCACCUUCGCAUGCCAAUUCCGGGAAAAGCGACGUCGGUGGGAGGGUUGCCGACAGCCUGACGACUGCCCACGCCACCCGUAGCUUCACUGAGGGAAGCACGUCAGGUAGGCGUCUGAACCCUCGCGAGGCCACAGCUUCCGCUGCUGCCAAACCAUCUAGUGCUGAGGCGGCAGAACUUUUGUCAAGUCUCUUGUCCAAGGCUUUACGAUUGGGGCAAGAUCAAGACCAUGUCCGAGACCAGACCGAAUCCGUGCGAUCUAACGGGGAAAAAACUUUAUUCGAGGUCCACGUUACCCCGUGGCCCGACUAUCCCUCGCACGGCAACGCCAUGCUGGAGGAGGACAUUUAUCUUUCAGCAAUUGCGAAAUCUCAAGCCACGAAUCUCUCGCAUGAUAUUCCGAUUGCUACUGAUCAGUCCUACGAUGAACCGCUUAAGAUGUUUACGAAAGAUCGUGGUGCACCGCUGAGAUCUUCAUCGGCCCCGCAUGAGCGAGCUGCCGUACUCCAUCAUUAG